GAGUCCUUUAUUCUGGUAUGAAGUUCAUAUCUUGAUCUUGCGAAAUAAAGCCAGUUCGUGAAAAAUCACGGUUAUGGAUUAUGUGAAUGAAACAGUAAGUUCAUUGAAAACCUGCAUUUUCAUCGCUUGGAACUUAGUUUGUUAAGUGAGAUCGUACCAAAAAGUAAUAUGGUGGCUACGUUAAAUAUGUUACCGUGGACAGUACUAUAUUUAUUCAUUUCUUUAAAUGGACAUAUACUCGCAACUGAGAAACAAAUGGAAGAAGCAGUGUGUACAUCUAGAUUCGACUACGAAUAUAAAAUGUUACAUAAAAUGGUCAUGUUGGAAACGGAACAAAACAAAAUAAAGGAAUUAAUGGAGGACAUAAAUAGCUUACAGAACAAACUGAAAGAAGAUAGUCUUCGAAGUCAUACAACAGUAGAGCGAGUUGUAAACAGACUGAAGCAGAUGGAAGUAGAAAGGUCGUUUGAUGGAGCAGGAAAUACUUAUGUCCGCUGGGGAAGAACAGAAUGCCCUGCGAAUGGGACAGAAAUGGUGUACAAGGGGUAUGCCGCAGGUGGACAUUAUAACAAUAAAGGUGCCGCAAGCAAUUAUAUGUGUCUGCCCGAUGAACCAGUAUGGGGCGUUUAUGAAGAUUCAGAACAGACAGCUGGGACUGUCUAUGGAGCUGAAUAUGAACUCUAUGGUAGAAAUAUGGAUAAGUUCUUUGGAAAGGCAUUGGCCAACAACGAUGUUCCAUGCUGUGUUUGUAGGACAAAGAGACCAAAUGUUCUAUUUUUACCAGGUCGCAACAUUUGUUAUGAUGGUUGGACUCUUGAAUAUAGCGGAUAUCUCACAAGCGGACAUGACACCCAUCAUGCAACCACCGAAUAUGUUUGCCUUGAUGUCAACCCAGAGGUUAUAACUGGAGGAGCAUCUGAUGCCAAUGGAAAGCUGUUCUAUUUUGUUGAGGCACGUUGCGGAUCAUUAAAAUGCCCGCCUUACGUGAACGGACGAGAGCUUACAUGUGCUGUAUGCUCUAAAUAGCAACUUUAUUGAUGUGCAUUGUCCUAAAUUUCUAGUCGAAACGAAUUGAUUUGGAAAUAAGACAUAAACGGGGAUAAAAAGAUAUCAUUCGGAAGACUCAUUUUUUUCUACAAGUUUCUGACUUUAACGAGAAUACAUCUGCAAAUUGACCAUGCUUAUAGAAUAUUUUAGCUGCUUAAGGAACACUUGUUUAAACAAAAAAAAAAAUGCAUCUCAGUCAGUAAAAUGAAUUGAAAAUAACCUGCGCCACCUUCAACAGUACGAAAGCUCAAUGUGCAUGCAUGCGUUUGCGUGCGUGAGUGUGUAUGUGUGUGUUUACACGCGAUAUUUCGCCUUUAAAUAAAUGAAGAAUGAAUUCGUAAAUAGCCAUAAGAUUAAAAACUACCUCUUUUAUCUUUUUUAAAAAGAUUUGCUUUUGGAAUAGGUAUCAUUCGGUGAAAUAUCUCGAUCAUGGGUCUACUUUUACAAAUCAUUACUGUAAAAGAUAUGUAAAAUAAUUAGCUCUUUUAAUUAACAUUUUUUCCUCGCGUAUCAAAUUUGUUAUAUUAAACAUAAGAAUGAAGAUGGAUUCGUAUAGUUUGCCCUGUGACAUUUAUAUACAUUCAGAUAUAUGCGUAAAUCCAGAUGCUGCUAAACUGAAGCACUGUUUAUUAAGAGUAACAUUCGCUCUAUUAUAUUUUUGUUUUACUUGUAGAAUGCGAUAUGCAAGAAAAAAGCAACUAUCA